AUGGAUAUCCAUAGAGCACUCUUCUUAUAUAGUAUCCUUUUAAUCUACAAUGAGCAUACUAAGAUGUUAGUACUUGGUCUUAAUGAAGACCAAGUUUCUAAUAUACUGCUUAAAAGGAUAGAGGAUAGUGUCUUUAAACAUAGGAAUUAUGAUAACAAGAGUAAGAUAGAAGAUGAAUCAUGGACUUUGGUGCAGAAAUAUGGUGAUGAUAUUAUUGAGAUGGAAGAUGAAUCAUGGGCAAUGGUGCAGAGAAAAGGGAACCAAUUUGUGUUGAAUGAUCAACCGUUUUACAUAAAUGGAUUCAACACUUACUGGUUGAUGGUAUUUGCCGCGGAUAAGUCUACAAGAGGAAAAGUCACAGAGGUAUUUGAACAAGCGUCUAACGUGGGAUUGACAUUGUGUCGAACAUGGGCUUUCAAUGAUGGCCAAUGGUGUGCUCUUCAGAAAAAACCAUCUGUUUAUGAUGAAGAUGUUUUCAAGGCUUUAGAUUUUGUGGUGAGUGAAGCAAAGAGAUACAGGAUUAGGCUUACACUAUCAUUGAUCAACAACUGGGAGGAUUACGGUGGCAAACCACAAUACGUCAAAUGGGGGAAGGAAGCGGGCCUAAAUUUGACCAAUGAUGAUGAUUUCUUUUCUAACCCAACUCUUAAAAGCUACUAUAAAUCUCAUGUCAAGACAGUACUGAAUAGAGUGAAUACCAUAACCAACAUUGCAUAUAAGGAUGAUCCUACUAUAUUCGCAUGGGAGUUGAUUAAUGAGCCGCGAUGUCCAUCAGAUCCUUCAGGAGAUACCCUGCAGGAAUGGAUAGAAGAAAUGGCGGUUUAUGUAAAAAGUAUUGAUCCAAAACAUUUGGUGGAGAUUGGUCUUGAAGGAUUCUAUGGUCCUUCAACACCGAACAAGGUUCAAUACAAUCCAGACGACUCUUUUCAACAAGUAGGAACUGAUUUUAUCAGAAACCAUCAAGUUCUUGCUGUCGAUUUUGCUUCAGUUCAUAUGUAUGCCGACUCAUGGAUUUCAGAAAGAAUAUCAGAGACUCAUAUCAAAUUUAUCAAGUCAUGGAUGCAAUCCCACAUUGAUGAUGCAGAGAAAUACCUUGGAAUUCCAGUGAUAUUCAGCGAGUUUGGUGUAUCCAAGAAAGACCGAGGUUACAACACAUUAUUCCAAAACAACUUGAUAAGCACGGUGUAUAACAUCCUACUGGAUUCAGCAAGGAAAGGAGGGAGUGGAGGUGGGAGCCUGUUAUGGCAGAUAUUUCCUGAUGGAACAGAAUAUAUGGAUGAUGGGUAUGCAAUUAAUCUGUCAGAAUCUCCUUCGACAUCAGACAUUAUAUUGCAACAUUCCACAAGGCUCGCACUUUUCAACUCGUUAUCCAAAUGGAAAUCUCACUGGGGUUGCAACAAGAAUCUUGACUUUGAUGGGUUUGACAACCACUUUGAGCUUUAAAAAUCCGGCAUACUUCUCGUUAGAGAUUAUGUACGUGCACGGCCAUUUACCUGAACAUCUAUUAUCUGCUCACAUUUUGAUCAACACUGCAUAUGUUGUUGAACCGUGUGCUCCAUAAUUAGCCAGUAUAUUUAGACUUCUUGUUUAAUCUAGUUCAUGUAUAUAUCAUCACACGAACACUAUCCGUA